AUGAGUGGAAAGGGAAAAGUCAAGAAUGGGAGAGGAGACACCAGCUCCAAGAAUGAGAGGAUCGCUAUAAUCUCGCCAGAUAGGUGCAAGCCCAAGAAGUGCAAGCAAGAGUGCAGAAAGAGCUGUCCUGUGGUUAAAACAGGUAAAUUAUGUAUUGAAGUCACUCCCGCUUCCAAAAUUGCAUUCAUUUCGGAAACCUUGUGUAUUGGUUGUGGUAUCUGUGUCAAGAAAUGCCCCUUUGAUGCCAUCACAAUCAUCAAUUUGCCUACCAAUUUGGAAGGUGAAACCACGCAUAGAUACUCGGCAAACUCCUUCAAAUUGCAUCGACUUCCAACUCCCAGACCUGGCCAAGUAUUGGGUUUGGUUGGCACCAACGGUAUAGGGAAGUCAACCGCGUUGAAGAUCUUGGCCGGUAAGCAAAAGCCCAACUUGGGGAGAUACGAUGACCCUCCUGACUGGGAAGAAAUCUUGAGACAUUUUAGAGGCUCCGAGUUGCAAAACUACUUUACAAAAGUGUUGGAAGAUGACAUCAAGGCCAUCAUCAAGCCUCAAUACGUUGACAACAUCCCUCGUGCCCUUGCCAAAUCAAAAGUCAAGGAAGUUGGAGCCAUUUUGGAGUCCAAGAAUGAAAGAAAAGACGACUUUGACUAUGUUUUAAAAGUGUUGGAGUUGAAACACGUUUUGAAUAGAGAAGUGGAAAACUUGUCAGGAGGAGAAUUGCAGAGAUUUGCUCUUGGUAUGACGUGUGUUCAAGAUGCCAAUGUCUACAUGUUUGAUGAGCCCUCCUCGUACUUGGAUGUCAAGCAAAGAUUGAGAGCAGCUGAAAUCAUCAGAUCAUUAUUGUCGGCAACAACCUAUAUCAUCUGUGUCGAGCACGAUUUGUCAGUCUUGGACUAUUUGUCCGAUUUCAUUUGUAUUCUUUAUGGUGCUCCAUCGGUUUACGGUGUGGUGACGCUACCAUCAUCAGUGAGAGAAGGUAUCAAUAUCUUUUUGGAUGGUCACAUCCCCACGGAAAACAUGAGGUUCAGAACUGAGUCUUUGCAAUUUCGAUUGGCAGAUGCCGCCGACGAUCUCAUUUUGGACAAGUCCAACUCAUUAGCAUACCCAUCGAUGCUGAAAACGCAAGGUGAUUUCAAGUUGGACGUUGAGGCUGGUGAUUUCACAAACUCGGAAAUCUUGGUCAUGAUGGGUGAGAAUGGUACCGGUAAGACCACUUUUUGUAAAUUGUUGGCCGGUGCCAUCGCGGCUGAUAACGGUAAGGAGAUCCCCAAAUUGAAUGUUUCGAUGAAGCCACAAAAGAUUGCUCCUAAAUUCACCGGUACCGUUAGACAGUUGUUCUUCAAGAAAAUCAGAGCCUCUUUUUUGCACCCUCAAUUCCAAACCGAUGUGGUUAAGCCUUUGAAAAUUGAGGACAUUGUUGAUCAAGAGGUGCAGACCUUGUCCGGUGGUGAGUUACAAAGAGUUGCCAUUGUGUUGGCCUUGGGUAUUCCAGCCGAUUUGUAUUUGAUUGACGAGCCAUCUGCCUAUUUGGAUUCCGAACAGCGUAUUAUCUGUUCCAAGGUCAUUCGAAGAUUCAUCUUGCACGCAAAAAAGACGGCAUUCAUUGUCGAGCACGAUUUCAUCAUGGCCACCUAUUUGGCCGACAGAGUCAUAGUUUUCGAGGGUCAACCAUCCAGACACGCGGUUGCAAGAACGCCAGAGUCCUUGUUGACUGGUUGUAACAGGUUUUUGAAAAACUUAAACGUCACUUUCAGAAGAGAUCCAAAUUCGUACAGACCGAGAAUCAACAAGUUGGACUCUCAAAUGGAUAAAGAGCAGAAGUUGUCAGGUAAUUACUUCUUCUUGGAGAACACCGAAUUGUGA